AUGGAGGGGUUCAUGCCGACGGUGAGCGACAAGUUACGGCGCGACGUCGCGCUUCAUUCGGCCGCCGAAGGGCUGGGCGUCGCGAGCGCCAGCACGCGCCAGCUGCGCGCUGAGGGCCCCGGCUGGGCCCCCCGGCCUGAGCGCGGGGCAGUGCAGAUGCAGGCUGGGGCGGCCCCUUUCUGGCCGCGGCGGCCUCCGGGCUGCUGGGCCAUGCUGGGGCCCGCCCGCGUCGACGUUCUGCUCGCUGCCCUCGGUUUCGCGCCGGCUGUCGAGGUCGCGGACGGCACCGCGUGGCAGGUGACGGACGGCAGCGACCUACCAGCAGGCUCAGGGCGCAAGCUGGAGGGCAUGGCCGAGUGCAUGCGCAAGUACGGCUCGGCCCUGGGCGAGGCGGAGCGCGGGGGCCUGCGCGAACACGCAGGCGGCGCCAGGAGUCUGGUGACGGGGGGCCGCGGUUUGCUAGCAGGCUCCGUGGGCAAUGCUGAGGCGGACCUCGAGGAGGAGGAAUUCGUCUCGGAUGGCAGCGAGUACGACUCGGCCCUGGAGGCGGAGCACGGGAGCACGGCAAUGCACGGCAGCGACGACGGCUUCGGUGACGGCUCCCCUGAAGCGGAGCAGGACUUCGGCUUUCAUGCCCGCAUGAGGGCGCUAGCGACGAGGCUUGGCGGGCUGCCCUGGAAGCCCGACUGA